AUAAUUCCAGCUGCCUUAAAAAUGGAAAUACUGGAUGUGCAGGGCAAGCCUCCGAGCAUCUGAAAGUAAAGGAGACUAUUCCAGUGUUCAUCUGGCCACCCACAUAAUAUUACUGGAGUGGAAGUCAUCCUUGAUCCUAAGGUACCACCUAAGAAGCUCCAUUUGUCCUGGUAGAUGAAGGCUUAAGUCCUGGUGGUGAAACAGUCAAUAAACAAAGACCUCUGGCGUUUCCCAGUAACACGUAUUUGGACCACAUUGCAGUUUGCAUUCCUCCUAAGUGUCUGCGAAAACAGCUUCUUCAUGAAGUGUUACCAAGGCUGAGGUAGCAACAGGAAGAGUAAGCUGGAAAGGAGAAACAAAAAGUACAAUUUUUUUUCAAACCAUGGCAGUUAAAUAAUCUGUAAAAUCCAUAUUGUGAAGAUGCCACGUGGAUCAUCAGAGAGAAGCUUUACAGAUCAUGAACAGCUCAAAAAUGUGUUUAUUUGAAUAUUAUACUACAGAAUAGUAAUAACUAGUAGAUUACUAACUUUCAACUGGACUUGCUUGGAAGUUGCUCGCAAGGAGAUUUGUACUUAAUGAAAGAAAUGGUUGUAUAUUUAGUGAAAGCUGUUGUGAGAAACCAGUGUGGAGUAUGACCAGUUUAAAACGUUCCCAGACUGAAAGGGUGGGCAUUGGUGCCACUUCAGUUAUUGGGCCUGAACUAACCAUAGGUGCACGUUCAGAUGACUUCUAUGCACGGCGAUUCCGGACACCAAAUGGCACCUUUGGUUCAGCUAGUACAACGGGGCCACCACGAAGUGAAAGUGCUCACCAUGUUGGUGCAACACCAAGUGUGCCUAAAAUGGGUGUUCGAGCAAGAAUUGCAGAUUGGCCCCCGAGGAAAGAUGUGGGGAAGGAUUCUUGUAGGACAAGCGAUCAGGAAUCUGCAGGCAGUCCCGAUGGCACGGUGAUGUCUAUCCACUCCAGUAGCCCAAAUAGUAGGAUGAGCCAAAGUAAUCAAAAUUCAUUAGAGUCUUUGGCAUCAAAGAGAGUGCACAGUGACUAUAGACCGUGCAAGGCUCAAGAAAUGGAGAAUUUGGAUUCUAGGUUUCUUACACCAGAUGGUUACCUCCAGUCCCCUGCAAAGAACCUUCGCAGGAUAAGACAGCGUAGUAAUAGUGAUAUCACAAUCAGUGAACUGGAUGUGGAUGGUGCUGAGGAGUAUGGAGCACUGAGUCACAAAAUGGGAGCUGCUAUUCACCGCGAGUACGGCAGCACUUCCUCCAUUGACAAACAUGGUAUGUCAGGAGAUAGUUUUUUUGAUUUAUUGAAGGGUUAUAGAAAUGAGCAGACAGAUCAACGAAGCCCCGCUCCAGAGCAACUCAAUGAGCUCCUGAAGGCAGAAGCCAAUAAAGCUUAUGGUUCCAGUAUGGAUAGCACCAAACAUGACUCAGUGGAUGGUUUCUUUGCACACAGAGGGAGUCCCAGGCCACUGCACAAAGAAAGAGAGAAACCACUUAAGAGGCGGUCAAAAUCCGAGACGGGGGAUUCUUCUAUUUUCCGCAAGUUACGCAAUGCCAAAGGUGAGAGCGAGCUGGGCAAGUCGGCAGACUUUGAGGACAGCAAGUCAGAGGAUAGUGUGAAGAAUUGGGCUUGCCAGAAAUGCUUUGCCCAUUACGACGUGCAGAGUGUGCUUUUUGACUUGAAUGAAGCUGCAACGACCAGGCACAGUGUUAUUAAGAGAAGGAACACCACAACAGGUGCCUCAGCAGCUGCAGCUGCCUCAUUGGCUGCUGGCCCGCUUGCGCACUCGAUCAGCUUCAGCUCUCCCGCAGGCAGCACAGAAGACCUGAACUCCAAGGAGAAUCUCAAUGUGGACUACGGGGAUGAGAAAAGCAAUGAACUUGUGCUAAGCUGUUCAUACUUCCGGAAUGAGAUUGGUGGAGAAGGAGAGCGCAAGAUUAGCCUGUCCCGGUCGAAUUCUGGGUCACUGAGUGGAUUUGAAAGCACCUCCUUUGAACUUUCCCUGAGCUCACACUGUACAAAUGCAGGAGUUGCAGUGCUGGAGGUUGCAAAGGAAAACUUGGCUGUGCAUUCUGACAAAGUGAAGAGAUAUAUCGUGGAGCAUGUGGACCUCGGAGCUUACUAUUACCGGAAAUACUUCUACCAGAAAGAACACUCAAACUACUUUGGGGUGGAUGAAAAUUUGGGUCCUGUGGCAGUGAGCAUUAGACGGGAAAAACUGGAGGACAGCAAAGAGCAUGGACCUCAGUACAACUACCGAAUCAUCCUGAGAACAAGUGAGCUGACUACUUUACGAGGUUCUGUGUUGGAAGAUGCAGUUCCUUCAACAGCCAAGCAUGGCACAGCCAGAGGUAUACCUAUGAAAGAAGUACUUGAAUUUGCUGUACCAGAACUCAGUGUUAAUUGUCUGAGAUUGGGUCUGAAUACUCCGAAAGUUACAGACCAACUCAUGAAAUUGGAUGAGCAAGGACUUAGUUUCCAACACAAAGUGGGUGUAAUGUAUUGUAAAGCUGGACAGAGCACAGAGGAGGAAAUGUACAACAAUGAAGUGGCUGGUUCUGCAUUUGAAGAGUUUCUCCAAUUGCUGGGAGACAAAGUGCGUCUCAAGGGCUUUGGCAAGUACCGAGCACAGCUGGACACCAAAACUGACUCAACUGGUACUCAUUCCCUCUAUACGACCUACAAAGAUUAUGAGAUCAUGUUUCACGUCUCCACUCUGCUUCCAUAUACACCAAACAACAAGCAGCAGCUUCUUAGGAAACGGCACAUUGGGAAUGAUAUUGUGACCAUAGUACUGCAAGAGCCUGGGGCCAUGCCCUUCACCCCGAAAAACAUUCGCUCUCAUUUUCAGCACGUCUUUGUCAUUGUAAGAGUGCACAAUCCUUGCACUGAGAAUGUCUGUUACAGUGUUGCUGUGGCAAGAUCAAAAGAUGUGCCUGCAUUUGGCCCACCCAUUCCCAAAGGAGUCACUUUCCCCAAGUCGACUGUCUUCCGGGACUUCUUACUAGCUAAAGUGAUCAAUGCAGAAAACGCAGCUCACAAGUCGGAAAAGUUUCGUGCUAUGGCAACAAGGACACGGCAGGAGUAUUUAAAAGACUUGGCAGAGAACAGUGUCACCAACACACCAAUUGAUCCUUCUGGAAAAUUUCCUUUCAUUUCUUUGGCAACAAAAAAGAAAGAGAAAUCAAAGCCUUACCCCAAUGCGGAAAUGUACAGUUUAGGAACCAUUGUAUGGAAUGUCCAUGCGGAGGACUACAGCUGCGCUACCGAAAUUGACUGUUUAUUGGGUAUCUCCAAUGAGUUUGUGGUACUCAUUGAAGAGAGUUCCAAGCAAGUAGUGUUUAAUUGCUCCUGCAGGGAUGUUAUAGGAUGGACUUCAAAUCUCACAACCAUUAAAAUCUUCUACGAACGUGGAGAGUGCAUUUUUGUCAGGACUUUUAAUAAUAAUGUCGAAGAGAUUAAAGAGAUCAUCAGAAGAUUGGAGGUGACCACAAAGGGGUGCGAGACAGUUGAGAUGACAUUAAGGAGAAAUGCUCUAGGUCAGCUUGGUUUUCAUGUCAACUAUGAAGGGAUUGUGGCAGACGUUGAACCUUAUGGCUACGCUUGGCAAGCAGGACUGCGGCAGGGGAGCAGACUAGUGGAGAUCUGUAAAGUUGCUGUGGCUACUCUAACCCAUGAACAAAUGAUUGAUCUGCUGCGAACAUCUGUAACUGUUAAAGUUAUCAUCAUUCCACCCCAUGAAGAUAGCACUCCUCGGAGGGGCUGUUCUGAGAUGUACCGCAUGCCCGUAAUGGAAUACAAAGUAAACAAUGAAGGGAUUCCGUAUGAGUUCAAAUUGCCAUUCAGAAAUAGCAACAAGUGGCAGCGGGGAGUUCCGUCAUCCCAGAGUACAGUUCAACCCCAAUCCCAGACACAAAGUCAAUCUGCAAACAGGAUGAUAUCUGCAUCAGGCAGCAGGGCCCAGCCACAAGAACGCAACUCUGCCAUGCCACGCAGUGCUUCUAGUGAUGGACGUUCAUUGGACACCAAGAGGUUGAUAUCUUCCGUGGAUAGUCCUUACGUUUCGGCAGCAUCAGUCUCGGUGGGGCGAAACCAGCAUAGCCGCAAUUCUCCCAGCAAUCUGUCUUCUUCCAGUGAUGCAGGAUCUGGUGGUGGCAGUCAUCGAAGGCAGAAGUCCAUCCCUGAAGGAUUUGGUCUUAACCGGAGGUCUCCUGGGUCAGUUGACCGUCUGAGCUUUAAUGAGGGCAGCGGUAGUGGUAAAUCCACACCCAUUUGGCAGAAAAGUGAGGAUAGCAACAUGGAGAAAACCACAACAGAGCCAACCUGGCAUAUCCCAUCAGUAUCGAAGGUGACAUCUGCACUUAGAGAUAGCCCCAGUGGGAGGCUGGUGAGGCAGGAAGUUGUGGACCAUGUUUCUCCAGUCAAACAUGGACAGUCUGAUGCUCAAUAUUCAAGUCAUUCAAGCAGCAACACACUUUCUAGCAAUGCUUCAAGUGCUCACAGUGAUGAGAAAUGGUAUGACACAGGGGACCGGAUGGAAUCUGAACUAAACGGUUAUAACUACAUUCAGGGCACGUCUGCAGACAGCGGCAUUGAUACAACCUCUUAUGGGCCAUGUCAUGGCAGCAUGUUGUCUGCAGGGACCCCAGCUGCUCCAACAAAUUCUUUGAGGUCUGCACCAACAAAAGAGAAAGCAGCUUCCCCCUGGCCUGGUUCAAAUGACAGUGGCAUGCAUUGCAGCCGACUAGGAGAUCGGGGCUCCCACAGUUAUGAGAGGAGGGGAGCACUCUCGCCAGCGCCAAGCACAGAAAGUCAAAGCAGAUGUUACGGAGGGUUGGUCCACAGUACUUCAAGUGCAUCAGCUCAAGAAGGCAGAGCAUACAGCCUCAGUGAUACCUCCUCUCAGUCCAGUACUCUGAGUUCAAGGCAUUCCAUAAGUCCAGUGGUCUUUACACACAGUAGGAGUUCACCCCAUGAUGAGACCCAGCCAACUCCUUCACCCCAGGCAUCACACCAUUCAUCUUCCACAUCUGGACCCAGAACGUUUUAUCCUCGCCAAGGAGCUACAAGCAAAUAUCUAAUAGGCUGGAAAAAGCCAGAAGGGACUACCAUUAACUCUGUUGGAUUUGUGGAUUCGAGAAACUUUAUCACAAUGCACGGAUGGCAACGGCGCCAUCAUAGUGAUGUUUGUGAAAUUACGCAGACGAGACUCAGGGCUUCAGUUCGGGACUUGAGGUCUCCUCAGAGGUCAUCAAAGUCAACAAUUGAAGACGACUUGAAGAAGCUAAUUAACCUGGAAAGUCCUCCCCCAGACACCGGCAAAGAUGGAAAGCCUUCACUCCCAGGCACACCAACCACAAGGAAGCCACUGCAUCGGACUCUGUCGGAUGAGAGCAUUUACAGCGGCCAGAGAGAGCCUUCGUACUCUAACUCCCACGUGUCGCUCUUGGACCAAGCCUUGCCCAAUGACGUCAUCUUCUCCAGCACCUAUCCAUCCCUGCACUACACACUGCCAGGCCGUAAGCAUGGACAGUCGAUAAAAUCCCAUCACGUUGAAUUGUCUGCGUCUGAUGGGUCGCUGUCUGAUAUUCAUGAAAGGAGACGACAGCCGCUGCCGGAUCCAGGCCUGAUGCCCCUUCCGGAUACUGCCAUGGGCUUGGAGUGGUCAAACCUUGUGGAUGCUGCAAAGGCAUUUGAAGUCCAAAGAGCUUCUUUAUUUGGUGUUGAUGACUCAGACCACAGGCCUGAUAGUUUAUCCCUUGACAGCAGCAGUCAGGCAGACAUACUCUCAUCACCGCAGGCAGUAUCUAGAAGAGAGGAAUCUCCUACCACUCUGUCUGGCAAGGUGACUGAAUUGGAGAUGCUGCUGAAGGAAUUGCAGGAUGACUUGAGGAGGGCAAAGGAAGACAGGGCCGCGCUGCAAGCGGAGGUGCAGCACCUGCGGGAGGACAACUUGCGGCUGCAGGAGGAGUCCCAGACUGCAUCUGCGCAGCUGAAGAAAUUCACCGAGUGGGUUUUCAACACGAUUGACAUGAAAUGACUUCCACAGGAAAACAAAUAGAACAAACCCUUGUUAAGAAGAGUCUUGAUGUGAUUCCUGUUUGCGAGGAGUUCUACCUUAGAAUAACCCGAGCACUUUCAUCACAAGCUGAAUGAAUGAUUGUUCUCUGCACACCAGAUACAUCUUUGCUUGCCUUACAUCAGCAUCCAGAUUUGCUAAAAUGUGAAAGUCAGAUUUUGCACAUAUAUAUAUCUUUUGUUUGUAAAGCUCAUUUUACUAUUUUGAGCCACUUUUGUGGCUUUAAGUUUUUUUGUUACCAUGACAGACAUUAAGUGCUUUCCCAUUAUUUCAUUUGAUAUCAAAUAAGGUGUUUUUGAGGGAGAGCUUAGUCAGCUGUAUGCCAGAAAGUUUUAAGAGUCUUAAAUGCAAAAAAAAGGAUUUUGAAUUCCAGAAAUGUUGAUUUGUACUUUAAUAAUGUGACCUUUCUUUAAUCAUUCACUGUGGUUGGGAAUCCUUCAGGUUUUUGUUCAGUAUUUUAAAAACUAGUUUCAGAAUUCUUUUUUCCAGAUUUAAAUAAUGCACGGUGUGAGUGUCUUUAUCUGAAUUGAUUUUACAAACAAAGAAAGGUACAGUUUCGCGUCUGCUGUACUGUAAGGCUUUCUUCUCACACUUCUAAAAGCGCAUGUGAAAUGCUGUUUGCACCUUCCUUGUUGUAUAGGUUUAGAUUAUAGCACAAAUUGUGACCAAAACAAUGAGCUAAAUUGAGAUUCUUCUGGCAUUCUAAUUAGAGUCUUAAUAACAAGCUAGAUUUACUUUUUAAGAAAUUUGCUUCAUUUCUUUAACCUAUUUUCAGUUCAUGACCUUUGGAGAAAAUCAUUGUUUAAGGAUGGUUCAAUCAGAAGAAAGCAGUGGCUUUUGAGUUACAGUGAUGACGUAACCUUUUGGUCCUGGGGAGAAGUUAUUGGUUUUGAUUUCCAUUGGGGUGGAUUUAGUUUUCCUAUUGAUAAUGGCUAUUGUGUUAAGUGCAGAGUUCAUAAACAUUUGCAAUGCCACUCCCUCUCCAUCAAAAUGGACAUUUUGUUUUUGCCAAGAUAGUAGAAAAUAACUGAUAACUUUUGUAAAUAAAUUAAAACUGAACUUUUCAGAAUAUUUUGUAAGGUUCUGGUAAGUUUUGAAGUUCUGGAUUUUUUUUUAGUUUAAUAUGGCCUUGUAUGAAGGAGAUGUAUUAUACCUUGUAGUGUAUUGUUAAUACAAAUGGGAAUUAUGGCAGGCAUUAAUGAGGCUUCAAGAGGUAUUUGUUUGUUAAAUUUCUCCAUCGCUCCCUCUCCCUCUCCCCAAAACCUUGGUAAGGAGUUGGAAUUAAAGCCCGCCUAUUUAUUGUACUAAAGAAAAUUUCUGAUUUAUUGUGGCCUGUAUUUAAUCAGAAAUGGUACAUUCUAAACAUCUCACAA